GUCCCGCCCAGGCCUGGCUUCUGUCCUGCGCGCAGAUUCGCGAAAACCCGGAAGCGGAUCGCGUGGAGUGACGGUGCCACGGCAGCGCAUGCCCUGUAUGGAUUUUUGGGGAACUGGGUACUGACAAACCUGAACAGGAGUUGCUCGUGGUUUUGAUUCUGCUACUACUGGCGCAUGAUUUACAGCUAACCCAGGAUUGACUUCUAAACACUCUUGGUAUGUGAGGAAGAAACCUGGAAGAGGAAGAGGAAAGCAAAGGAGUCAGGGAUGGCUCUUCCUCAGGGUCUAUUGACAUUCAGGGAUGUGGCCAUAGAAUUCUCUCAGGAGGAGUGGAAAUGCCUGGACCCUGCUCAGAGGACUCUAUACAGGGACGUGAUGCUGGAGAAUUAUAGGAACCUGGUCUCCCUGGAUAUCUCUUCCAAAUGCAUGAUGAAGGAGGUCUCAUCAACAGCACAAGGCAAUAGAGAAGUGAUCCACACAGGGACAUUGCAAAGACAUGAAAGUCAUCACACUGGAGACUUUCGCUUUCAGGAAAUUGAUAAAGAUAUUCGUAACUUAGAGUUUCAGUGGCAAGAAGAUGAAAGAAAUAGCCAUGAAGCACCCAUGACAGAAAUCAAAAAGUUGACUGGUAGUGCAGACCGACAUGAUCAAAGGCAUGCUGGAAACAAGCCUAUUAAAGAUCAGCUUGGAUCAAGCUUUCAUUCGCAUCUGCCUGAACUCCACAUGUUUCAGACCCAAGGGAAAAUUGGUAAUCAAGUGGAGAAGUCUAUCCACGAUGCUUCCUCAAUUUCAACAGCCCAAAGAAUUUCUUGUAGGCCCAAAACCCAUAUUUCUAAUAACUAUGGGAAUAAUUUCCGGAACUCUUCAUUACUCACACAAAAACAGGAGGUACACAUGAGGGAAAAGUCUUUCCAAUGUAAUGAGAGUGGCAAAGCCUUUAAUUAUAGCUCACUCUUAAGGAAACAUCAAAUAAUCCAUUUAGGAGAGAAACAAUAUAAAUGUGAUGUAUGUGGCAAGGUCUUUAAUCGGAAGCGAAACCUAGUGUGCCAUCGUAGAUGUCACACUGGGGAGAAACCUUACAGGUGUAAUGAGUGUGGCAAGACCUUCAGUCAGACGUAUUCCCUUACAUGCCAUCGUAGACUUCAUACUGGAGAGAAACCUUACAAAUGUGAAGAAUGUGACAAAGCUUUCAGUUUCAAGUCAAACCUUAAAAGACAUAGGAGAAUUCAUGCUGGAGAAAAACCAUACAAGUGUAAUGAAUGUGGCAAGACCUUUAGUCAGACAUCAUCCCUUACAUGCCAUCGUAGACUUCAUACUGGAGAGAAACCUUUCAAGUGUAAUGAGUGUGGCAAGACCUUUAGUCGGAAGUCAUCCCUUACAUGCCAUCAUAGACUUCAUACGGGAGAGAAACCUUAUAAGUGUAAUGAAUGCGGCAAGACCUUCAGUCAGGAGUUAACCCUUAAAUGCCAUCGUAGACUUCAUACCGGAGAGAAGCCUUACAAGUGUAAUGAAUGUGGCAAGGUUUUUAAUAAAAAGGCAAACCUUGCACGUCAUCAUAGACUUCAUAGUGGAGAGAAACCCUACAAGUGUACUGAGUGUGUCAAGACGUUCAGUCGAAAUUCAGCCCUUGUAAUUCAUAAGGCUAUUCAUAUUGGAGAGAAACGUUACAAGUGUAAUGAGUGUGGCAAGACGUUCAGUCGAAUUUCAGCCCUCGUAAUUCAUAUGGCAAUUCAUACUGGAGAGAAACCUUACAAGUGUAAUGAAUGUGGCAAGGGUUUUAAUCGAAAAGCACACCUUGCAUGUCAUCAUAGACUUCAUACUGGAGAGAAACCUUACAAGUGUAAUGAAUGUGGCAAGGUUUUUAAUCGAAAAACACACCUUGCACAUCAUCAUAGACUUCAUACUGGAGAUAAACCUUACAAGUGUAAUGAAUGUGGCAAGGUUUUUAAUCAAAAAGCACACCUUGCACGUCAUCAUAGACUUCAUACUGGAGAGAAACCUUACAAGUGUAAUGAAUGUGGCAAGGUUUUUAAUCAAAAAGCAAACCUUGCACGUCAUCAUAGACUUCAUACUGGAGAGAAACCUUACAAGUUUAAUGAGUGUGGCAAAGUUUUUAAUUGAAAAGCAAAGCUUGCACAUCAUCAUACAAUUCAUACUGGAAAGAAACAAGUGCAAUGAGUGUGGCAAGACCUUCUGUCACAAUUCAGUCCUUGUAAUUCGUAAGAAUUCAUAUUGGAGAGAAACCUUACAAGUGUAAUGAACGUUGCAAAAUUUUUAAUCAACAAGCACACCUUCCACGUCAUCAUAGACUUCAUAGUGGAGAGAAACCUUAGAAAUGUGAAGCAUGUGACAAAGUUUACAGUCACAAAUCAAGCCUCAAAAGACAGGAGAAUUCAUACUGGAGAGAAAGCUUACAAAGGUGAAGAAUAUCACAAAGUUUUCCGUCACAAGUCAAACCUUGAAAGACAUAAAAUAAUUCAUAUUGCAGAGAAACCAUAAAAUUGUAAGAGUUCGCGACAAGGCUUUCAGGCAUGAUUCACACCUGGCACAACAUCCUAGAAUUUAUACCGGAGAGAAACCUUACAAGUGUAAUGAGUCUGGCAAAGCCUUAAUGAGCAGUCAACACUUACUCACCAUCAGGCAAUCCAUGGUGAAGGAAACUUGACUAAUGUAAUGAUUGUCACCAAGUCUUCAGUAAUGCUACAACCAUUGCAAAUCAUUGGAGAAUCCAUAAGGAAGAGAGAUCAUACAAGUGUAAUAAUCGGCAAAUUUUUCAGACAUCGUCCAUACCUUGCAGUUCAUUGGCGAACUCAUACUGGAGAGAAAUCUUAUAAAUGUCAUGAUUGAGGCAAGGUCUUCAGUCAAGCUUCAUCCUAUGUAAAACAUAGGAUAAUUCAUACAGGAGAGAAACCUCACAUGUGUGAUGAUUGUGGCAAAGCCUUUACUUCACGUUCACACCUCAUUAGACAUCAGAGAAUGCACACUGGACGGAAAUCUUACAAAUGUCAUCAGUGUGGCAAGGUUUUCAGUCUGACUUCACUCUUUGCAGAAUAUCAGAAAAUUCAUUUUGAGAUAAUUGUUCCAAAUGCAAUGAGUAGAGCAAACCAUCAAGCAGUCAUUGACAUUAAAGUGUUUAUGUUAAGAGGAUUGGGCCAGGUACAGUGUCUCACACCUGUAAUCCCAGCACUUUGGGAGGCCAAGGCGCAUAGAUCACUUGAGGUCAGGAGUUUCAGAUCAGUCUGGCCAACAAACAUGAGCCACUUUUCCCAGUUUGCUUUUUGUUCUUUAACAAAAACUGAUAGAGAUUUUCAUGGGUACCGUGUUGAAUCUAAAUCACAUUGGGUUAUAUAAUCAUUUAACAAUAUUAAUUUUUCCAAACCAUCAAUAUGGGUUAUAUGUCUGUAUAUGUUUUUAAUCAUAUUGAUCUAUAUUUGUAGAUUUCAAGGUGCAAACUUCUCACCUUUUUACUUUUAUUUCUAUUUCUUUAAGUUCUCUAGCAAAUGGAAGUGUUUUUAAAUUUUCUUUUAAAAUUGUUUAUUGUUACAAACUUCUCACCUUUUUACUUUUAUUCCUAAGUAUUUCUUACUUUAAGUUCUCUAGCAAAUGGAAGUGUUUUUAAAUUUUCUUUUAAAAUUGUUUAUUGUUAAUGUAUGGAAAUUCAACUAAUUUUUGGUGCUGAUAUUGUACUGUGCAGAUACACUGAAUCUGUUUAUUACUUCCAGUAGUAUUUUGGUUGAGUCUUUGUGAUUUUCUACACAGAAGAUCAUGUCAUCUACAAACAAAUAUAAUUUUACUUCUUUCUUUCUGA